AUGAGGAACCAAGUAAAAAAUUGUUCAUUUCUGGUUACACUAUCUAACGGGUCAAAGAGCACAAAUAACUCGACAUGUGGUACAGUUGUAGACUUUAGCUGCGAUGAGUGUUAUGACUUGGAAGGUGAUUCACAACUUACUUGUUUACCAAACAAUUUAUGGAGCGAUGAAGAACCCAACUGUGCAUUAAAAUCAUGCCGUGCACUUGCUGAACCCACGAAUGGGAAGAAGGAGUCUAACUUUACUUUCUGUGGUAUAACAGUAGACUUUACAUGUGAUGAAUGUUACUCAUUGGAAGGUCACUACAAUCUUUCCUGUUUGCCAAACAAUUCAUGGAGUGGUGAAGAACCUAACUGCACUCUAAAAUCAUGUCCAAUUCUUGUAACUCCUAUCAAUGGCGAAACGAAUUCGAGUGACACGUCAUGUGGUACUAGUGUGGAGUUUAGUUGUCAUGAGUGCUACAUGCUGGAAGGACACAACCAGCUGUCUUGCCUGCCCAAUAAAACUUGGGACAGUGCAGAACCUAAUUGCACAUUGAAGUCUUGCACUGAGCUUGUUACUCCAUCUAAUGGACAAAAGGACUCUAGCAACACCUCAUGUGGUACUACUGUAAUGUUUAGCUGUCGUGAAUGUUAUGACUUGGUUGGAUACAAUCAGUUGUCUUGUUUGCUGAAUCAAACAUGGAGCAGUGAAACACCAAAUUGCUCUCUGAAGUUUUGUCCUGCACUUGUGGUACCUGCUAAUGGAAGCAAAAAUUCAAGUGACACAUCAUGUGGCAGUUCUGUAGAAUUUAGCUGUGAUGAGUGUUAUGAGCUGGAGGGACACCGCCUGCUAACUUGUCUUCCCGACAAUACAUGGAGCAGUAAAGAACCUAACUGCACACUGAAAUCAUGUCCGGCUCUUAGAAUACCUAUUAAUGGCAAAAAAGACUCAAAUGACACCGUGUGUGGUGCUGUAGUUGGAUUUCGUUGUAAUGAAUGUCAUGAGAUUCAAGGAUACAACCAACUGUCUUGCUUGCCUAAUAGAACAUGGAGUGGAGAGGAACCCAAUUGCACAUAUGUUCAUUGUCUUGCUCUUGAAGCACCUAGUAAUGGAUCAAUAUUACAUCUAACUGAUAGUUAUCGUUGUGGAUCUACUGUUUGGUAUGAUUGUGAAAAUGGAUUUGGGUUGCUGGGGACAGCAUAUCGUGAUUGUGUUACAUCAGGACAAUGGCGUGGGAUUGCACCAUUGUGCCAACGUAUCAUUACAUAUGAGGUCUUCUUAUUGCAUCUAUAUUAA